CCACGGUCUUGAUUCCAUAUUUCGAACAAACGAGCUAUCAACAACCUCUGUAAGUAACAGUCUCAAAUCGCUUCGUCGCUGGAGCUCCGACGAUGGAGAUUGCGUUACAGGCACCGGCAACUCUUUCCCGGAGUAAAAUCUACACUCAUAAUUUCUUCUACUCCAACACUAUCUUCAUUUCCCCGCCGGAGAAGCAAACCCCAUUGCCUCUACUUUCCCGACAAAACCACUCCCGAUUCCAAGUCCGAGCCAGAAAUUCAAGCCACCGGACACGGAGGCCUGUGUUGAAGAAUCAAUCCGUUACCAUUAGUGAGAAUGGAUUCAACGAAGAAGAGGAAACAGACGGCGAAGGGACGAGCUCUUUGUACUCCGACGAUGAGUUAUCGUUCUUGUCUCUGAAUGAGAAGCCGGAUCGGAACUUGAAUUUGCUUGAUGAUUACGAGAUUGAGGAACUUGGAUAUGUCAGCGACCCUAACCAUAGAAGCGGAUUCGCGGCUCUGUUAGGGAAGCCGAAUGUUGGGAAGAGUACUCUUGUAAACCAAUUGAUAGGACAGAAGUUAUCCAUUGUUACGGAUAAACCUCAAACGACUAGGCACCGGAUUCUGGGUAUAUGUUCUGGGCCAGAGUAUCAGGUGAUACUUUAUGAUACACCUGGUGUCAUUGAGAAGAAAAUGCACAAAUUGGAUUCAAUGAUGAUGAAGAAUGUGCGUAGCGCUGCCAUUAAUGCAGACUGUGUUUUGGUUGUUGUUGAUGCAUGUAAAGCGCCUCAAAAAAUUGAUGAGGUUUUGGAAGAAGGUAUAGGGAACCUUAAAGAAAUGCCUCCCACCUUGCUGGUAUUAAACAAAAAGGAUUUGAUCAAACCGGGUGAAAUCGCUAAGAAACUCGAGUGGUAUGAGAAAUUUACUAAUGUUGAUGAGGUUAUACCUGUGAGCGCCAAGUAUGGCCAUGGGAUUGAAGACGUGAAGGAAUGGAUACUAUCCAAACUUCCUGUUGGGCCAGCUUAUUAUCCAAAGGACAUCGUAAGUGAGCAUCCAGAAAGAUUUUUUGUUUCUGAAAUUGUCAGAGAAAAGAUAUUCAUGCAAUAUCGCAAUGAAGUUCCUUAUGCAUGUCAGGUGAAUGUAGUGAGCUACAAGAGUAGACCUGGUGCUAAAGAUUUUAUUCAAGCAGAAAUUGUUGUUGAGAAAAAUUCUCAGAAAGUCAUUCUCAUCGGGAAGGAAGGAAAGGCUCUGAAACUUCUUGCAACAGCUGCUCGUCUCGAUAUAGAAGAUUUCUUGCAAAAGAAGGUCUAUAUUGAGAUUGAGGUUAAAGUGAAAGAAAAUUGGCGGCAAGAUGAAGGGCUGUUGAAGAACUAUGGCUAUGAAGGACGAAUUCAAGCAUUGUAAUGUUAGAUGCAUUUAUUUGUUUGGUGAUAUCAAUUGGGUAACUAUGUAGUUUGUAGAUUUUCUUCUCAUCCCAUCAAUUGAAUGUCAUUUGCAAAACUCGUCUAGUGGUUCGAUUAGCAUUUCGGUCCGUGAAGAUCAGUGUGAGAUGGUAGAAUGUGAGAAAUUUGUUUAUUGUAUGGACAGUAUGCAAUAUAUUAUUACUUGUUAGUCUAGUCAAUAUGAUUAGAGAUGUC